GUGGCACAAACCAGUAAGUGACGGCCACGGGAAAAUAUUACUAAUUCAUGGCGCAGAGAAACUGAGUUACAGCAUCAAUAUCUCGAUCUGAACGCAACGCUGACAUGCUAAACGGAAGUGGAGUCAAGAUCUUUGCUGGCACGAGCCAUCCAGAGCUAGCUGAGAUAAUUGCUCGACGCCUUGGUUUACCCCUCGCCAAAGCUGAAGUGACAAAAAGUGGAAUCGGAGAGACUAACGUACGCAUAGCACAAAGUGUGCGAGAGGACGAUGUUUAUAUCAUAAACACUGGUUGCGCCGAGGUCAAUACAGCGCUCAUGGAAUUGUGUAUCAUGAUCCACGCCUGCAAGAUCGCCAGCGCCAAACGAAUCACGGCUGUCUUACCUCUCUUCCCGUACGCAAGGCAAGACAAGAAAGACAAAAGCAGGGCUCCUAUCACGGCGAAGCUGGUCGCCAACAUGUUGCAAAAGUCGGGAUGUGAUCAUGUCAUUCUGUACGCCGAACCGUCUGCGAUCCUAUAUAUUCGCACGCAUUUCAAUUUGAAUGAUGUCGUGAUAGUAUCCCCUGAUGCAGGUGGCGCAAAGAGGGCAACAUCUAUUGCAGAUAGGCUGGGUGUUGAUUUUGCAUUGUUUCACAAGGAACGUAAAAAGGCCAACGAGGUUUCCAGGAUGGUAUUGGUUGGUCAAGUCAAGGACAAGAUUGCCAUACUUGUUGAUGACAUGGCCGACACCUGUGGCACAUUAUGUUUAGCAGCUCAGCACCUUGCGGAAGCUAACGUAGCCAAAGUUUAUGCUAUCGUCACCCACGGUAUCUUGAGUGGCAAUGCUCUCACAGCUGUGGAAGAAAGCAUACUGGAAAAAUUGAUUGUGACAAACACGUUGCCUCAGAGGGAGAAUCAGGCGAAGUGCAGUAAGAUCGAGGUCAUCGAUAUAGGAGCUGUGCUUGCGGAGGUUAUCAGACGCAGUCAUUACGGAGAGAGCGUGUCAAAGCUCUUCCACGAGGUACCUUAUUAGAAAGUGGAGGACAGAUUUGAUACCAACUAGAACUACUUAAAAGACAAAUGGCGUUAGGCCUAACGAUCUUACUCUAUGAUUAGGCUGUAAGGGCCUGAUAACCCAUAACCCCUUAAAACCCAUAGAAUUUUGUAUCCACCAAUCUUCAUUUUGUCCCUAUAAUGCCUCUCUCAGAGCCCAUAAUCCCCAAUGACUCAUACAUU